GUGCUCCUGAAUCAGGUAUUAGAAAUCAGUUCUCCUCUCUCUCUCUCUCUCUCUCUCUCUCUGUCUCUCUCCUCUCUGCUUUAGACCUUUAACUAAUAUUUACUCUUUAACUCUGCUUCUGCACCGUGAAGGUUAACCAUUAUACACACACACACACACACACACACACACACACACACACACACACACACAAACUCACAAACACACACACACGAGCACACACACACACCAUUGUUUCUCAGCCCUCGAUUCUUAUCCUGUAGCAAUCAGUGACUCCAGCUAUUUGAUUUGCCCUCUCACUGUAGUGCUCUUUAGCUGUGUUCUCUGCUGGUGGCUCCCACAGAGGGAGUCAAGUGGCCCUAACACACUUGGGGUGUUGCUGCCUUCACUUACAAAAGGGGCAAGAUGAGCACAUGGUGAUUAAUAAGGAAUGACUGCAUAGUUAAAAAAAAACACACAUGUAGGGUGUGGAAUGGAGGAGCAGAUCUUUGUCCUUUCAUUAUUACAAACACACCCUCAGGAUUUUUAUGACAUGCUUAGCCAUGAUAAAAACAAAUGCUGACAGGAAUUGAUUAUCAUAAAACCAUUACCAACUUGUCAGUACAAGAAAUGCGUCAUUUUAUUAUAUGGAUAUUAGUGUUGUACGGGGCUGGACGAUAAAUAAGUGGAUUGAAAUAUAAUCGAUAUUUAUAGUUAUAAGGUUAGAUGUCACAUGAUUAUUGUGUCCUUUAGGAUUAAAGACUGAUUUUUUUCUCUCCGAAGGAAGGUUGUGGUCUUAUAUUGAGCAUUUGUUAGACUGUUAUACUAGUUAUUUUCUUUAAAUUAAAUCAUAUCAGUUUAAACCACUACAUCCAUACUCAAUAAACAUCAACCACUUCAUUAGUUUAGUCCAAGUUGAACUGAUGUUUUUGAUGCUUUGAGCAAAUCAUAUUUAUUGUUAAUAGCAUUAGUGACUAUUAAGAAAAAUGAACCUCGACAGGUGAUGGGAACUUCAGGGACCAAUCAGAUUUCAGGUGAGGACACUGCCCCCCUGGCCCCAGCCUUGGAUCCACCCCUGCUUCUACUUUUACAGUAUUUAAAAAAAAACAACCUUUUAAUGUAUUUUAAAUUGUGGGCCCAGUCCAAACCAUUGCAUCUUCAUCAACCAGUGAAAACCACCUGUCAUUUGGCCCCAUGUUGACUUUAUACCCCAUUUCAACAUCAUGGAAACGGGACAUGGGAGUUUCCUUGAGGUCCGUGAACGCAGCGCAGGUUUUCCAGGGAGUGGCCCCUGCACCUGUCCGACCUGUCCGCGGCAGCAGGAGGAGGAGGAGGUGCAGGAGGAGGAGGUGGAGGACACAUGACUCCGGAGGAAUUUCCCUCCGCUGCUCCCGUCCUUUGUGUAGCGGAGUGAGUUGAGUGUGGGAGCCGCCGCGUGAGAGGCAGAGGAGAGGGGGACAUACAGAACAAGAAGAAGAAGAAGAAGAGAUGUCGGAACCACCAGCCGCAAACCCCGCUGCCACCUCGUUCCCUGCCCCGACGAUCUCUCUCCCCCUGGGACUGGAAGUACUGAGGACUUACUCUGGAGCUCUUGUCUGCUUAGAAAUAUUAUUUGGGGGUUUAGUAUGGAUCCUGGUGGCCUCCUCCAACGUGCCCGUGCCUCUGCUGCAGGGCUGGGUGAUGUUCGUCUCCGUCACCACCUUCUUCCUUUCCUCCGCCUACCUCGUGAUCCUCGUCACCGGCCUGGCUGACCGCAUCAACACCGACUGGAACUUCUUGGAUGUGUUUUACCAUUUCAUAGCUCUGCUGUUCUACUUCGCCGCCUUCGUGUUGGAGGCAGCGACCACAGCAGCAAGAGGAGUGGCCCACGUCAACAGCACUGAAUGUGGGGGGUGUUUCCCCCACCCUCGAGGCAACAUAUUGACAGUCCUGAGUGAGACGCAGUACGGUAUUAAUGUGGCAGCCACGAUAUUUGCCUUCAUAGUGACGCUAUGCUACGGCUGCAGUAUGGUGAUGGGCUUCAAGAGGUGGAUAGUGUAACCUGGGAGAAAACCAACUUAAAUAGAUUUUUCAAAAGCUGGGUAACUUCAGCAUAAAACAUCACAACAUCCACCCAAACCUCCAGAGAAAACAACUGCCAAACUGUUUUUAUUUGAGUGCAAACUCGAUAAUUUCCUGAUGGGAAUCUCCUGUCAGCGAGCGAUCACAGCGUCACAGCUACACAGGGAAAGUGUGGAGAAAAGGGAAUUUUGCCUCAGUCAAAACAUCUGUCAAGAUUUCUGGAAAAUAAUAUUCCCGCAGGAUUCCAAUCGUCUGAGGUUUGGUUUCAAGCUCUGUAGGUUGAGUCUAUGUUGAAGUGAUUUGAGAAAGUUAAAGGAAAAGUAGUUAUUGUCCAGUUAGCACCAUAUGAUUUGUAUUCCUCCGUGGCUAACCCGAUGAUUUCACUGCUUUGCCAGGAAAAUCGAUGUGGGAAGUUUGGGAACGUUUUGAGGCUCCUUGGGGUCAUUUUACGAGAUGCAAGUGACGCCUCUGACAGUUAUGGAUUUGUUUUCUUACCCGCUUUAUUAAUCAUACAGAUAUUGACCCAUAUCCUGAGUUAUAUCCUCACUGGAGGAAAUAUUUCCCAUCGCCAUGACCACAAAAACCCGUCCAUGUUCUGUGUAUGCAGCUUAAAGGAUAUGCAAAACAAGACCUGAUGGAAAAGACCCUGAAAGGCAAAGUGAGGGUUUUUACUGUCUUCCAGUUACUUUGGUGCUAAAGAGCUGAGAUUCACUCUAGAUUAGACAUGUGGCCAUUAUUUAAACUAAGGCUUUAUCUGAUAUUUGAAUUUCAAAGGUUUGAUUACUUGUUACGCGAACUUUUUGUCAAAUGUUCUCACCCUAUUAUAUACACCCUAAAUAUUUUUCACCAAAUUGUAACUAUCGUGCUAUUCAGUCAAUGUAGCGUCUGUUGCUGUUUAAACUUUAAUGAGUGCUAACUCUAGUGACUUAGUGAUAAAUAUGACUUGACCAAGGUCUGGAUUCCUUUGUUUUGAUGUGUUUUACUAAAAACUAAUAAUCUAAUCAGAGCAUCAAUAAAAAUGUUUUUGUCACCUGCUAUAUUUCAAGUAACAGUGACGGGUGGAUUGUUUAAUAUAUAUGCUUAAAGUUGUAGGUUUUCACUGUGUGACCAUUAUUGUUUUUGUAUGGAUACAUCAUUCAAUUUUCCAAAUGAAUAAUUUUCCUAUUUCAACAUGAUUCAUUAGAUGUAUUUAUUGCGUACAUGUGUCAGCAUAAGGCUUUUAACAUGUUAUUAGUAAUUUAAAAAGUAGUUCUAAAACAAGAAUCUGUCAUUUUGAUAUGUGCUGUUUUUAAUGCAUUGUACAGCUACAGAAAUAAAGGUUUUUGAAGAAGAAAAAAA